CUCGAUAUAUACAGAUGUGGCAUACUGAAGUCGCAUCAGGGCUGAUUGUUUUGAACAUUACAGGUGCUUCUGCUGGUCAGUCCAGGUCACAGCUUCGACUGGGCCUGGUCUGGAGACCUGAACUAUGGAUGUCUGAAUCGCUGCUAGGCAUGUCUUGAUACGGAUACAUAGCCGAGACCCCGCAUAUCAAUCCAUACCUGUACCGAACUACUGAAUCAUCUACAUACAUAGCAACAGCAUUUCCACUACAUCAAGCAUCACUCUACUCACUUUGAAGACCAAUUGUCAGAAUGGCCCCAACCAAAAUACCACGCUUCUCCGACCUACCACUAAACAAAGACGACCCAUUCCACUCAGCAUGGGGCUUAUAUGGCAAAGACGACCAGCUCGGCACCCUCAAUCGCCUGACGGACGAGGUCGUGCUUGAGGCUGCCAAAGAGAUCAAGACCGGGGUUCGCAUCUCCCUCAACUGGCCCCUCGACGCCCAAGCCGAAACCCCCUUCUUCGCCCGCCAAGCCUUCCACCAAAACCUCUACUCCAAGCCUCCGCGCUGCGUAAACGACGAUGUCUGGACACUAAACACCCAGUCCUCCAGCCAAUGGGACGGACCCCGCCACUUCGGCUACCAGCAAGAACGCAGAUUCUACAACGGCGCGACGCUAGAGGACAUCCACAAACCCGGAAGUUCCCAUCUCGGAAUCGGAGCAUGGUCCGAAUCCAGCAUCGUCAGCCACACCAUCCUCCUCAACUACCACACCCAGCGCCUCGCGCAAACUCCCUCCCCCACGACGCCUUUUCCACGACGCCAACGAUCCCCUAACGCACCUCAAAGCCGUCGCCGAAGCACAGCGCACCGUCAUCAAACACGGCGACAUCCUCAUCAUUAUCAUUCGCUCCGGCUACAUGGCCGCGUACAACAGCACCACCCGCGGGGAGACGCUGACGACGAUGGCGAAAAGCCUACCGCACCAUGCUGGGCGGGCGUGGAGCAGUCCGAGGCCGUGCUGGAGUGGAUAUGGAUAUGGGAGUAACUUCUCGGCUGUUGCGGGCGAUUCAGCCCGAGUUUUGAGUGUUGGCUGACGUAGCGGGAUUGGCAUCUGUAUGAGGUCUUGCUUGGUGGGUGGGGGGGUGCCCGAUUGGUGAGCUGUUUGAUUUGGAGAGGCUGGGGGCGCAUUGGAAGAAGGUUGGGAGGUAUGAGUUCUUUUGUGACGAGUGAGGUUUGCAAUGUGAGUGGUUCCUGGUGGUGUGGCAAGUCCGCCUAAUAUACUUGCGAUAUUUUGACGUUAGGAGAGGAAAGUCU